CCCGCAGUCCACGGCAGUCCUAGGCUCGUGGCGACGUCUGCUGCGUUGUACAAGGUCACGUUCAAGCUGCCCAAGGGCGAGGAGACCACGAUAGAGGCGCCUGACGACGUUUACAUCCUCGACGCAGCUGAGGAGGCGGGCAUGGACCUGCCCUACUCCUGCCGGGCGGGCACCUGCUCCACGUGCUGCGCCCGCGUGGUGGAGGGCGGAGUGGACCAGAGCGACCAGAUGUUCCUGGAUGAGGAGCAGGCAGGCCUGGCUGCUGCCGCCGCAGCAUACAGGCAACGGUGCUGGCAGUGCACUGGUGGGGCGAGGAAACAGGGGGGGUUUGCGCUCAUCUGUGUGGCCUACCCAACCGCCGACUGCGUCAUCCAGACCCACCAAGAGGAGUCGUUGUACUGA